UAGUUGGGUGGUUUGAACCCCAAUCUCUUGCUUGCUCCCAUCCUCGCCCUCCCUCCUCCCAACCCCACCAGCUGCUAGGAGGGAGAGACGGAUCCUAAACCACUAAAUGCCUGAAAAUUAGCUGGAAAAAGCCAGCUUGGGUGAUUAGGCGGGCUUAGAGCGGCUUCCACCUGGGGAGGUUAAAAGUUAUUGAAUAACUAAACUCCUCCGUCAGCCGCCGGGGACUCUGCGGCUGCGCUGGCACCGGGUGCCCGGCGGGUAUUUUGGUCCCCCAAAACACCACAAGUAGUUUCCCCGUACCCCCAUCUCAACCCCGGGGGGCCCAAGGGCAUGCCCUGGCUGGGGUGAUGGGCAGAGCGGGUGCCGGGAGAGCCCCGCGGUGCUGGGCAUGGGCUGGGGAGGGGACGAGGCCACCGCUGGGCCCUGGCGAGGGCGAGUGCCACCGUGGGAAAGCUGGCCGGGGCCGCGCAGGCGGCUCGGCGUCGCGCACGCAGCCCUCCCGCGGCUCCACCGUCCCCUCCCGCGGCUCCACCGUCCCCUCCGCCGGCUCCACCGCCAGCCAAGCCCUUUCUCUUCCCCUGCUCCGGCCGGCCUCCUGCCUCUCGGACGGCUGCGGAGCCAUGGAGUCGGGAUAAAGAAGCUCGCGGACCGUUCGCAGGGAUGUCGCUGAAGCAAGUGGGCUGCCUCCCCCUCUCUGCCCAGCGCAGGACCAGAGGCUGACUGGAAGCUGGCAUGUUGCCCCCUCCAGCCCCUGCUCGCCCACGCGAUGCCCAGCCCUGCCCGCCCUGCCCCUAGCCUUCCCUUCCAGCGGUGAUACGCCCUGCUUUCCCCAGGACAUCGCUUCGGGAGAGAGGUGGCAGCGAGUAUGCUGCAGAAAGCCAGCCUGCCGCCCAAGCCCAGCGGAGUUUUGCCUUGAGGCCACUUGGUGAAAAGCCGAAGAGUUGCCCCUUCCCCGCCCUUCGCUCGGGCAGUGAGUUUCUCUGCGCACAGCGGGUGUCGAGGUCCUGGUCUGCAGGCUCGAAGAGGGGGGGCUGCCAUGGAAGAGAAUGUGUUCAGCGUGCAGCAGAUACAGCCCAACGUCAUCUCGGUGAGGCUCUUCAAACGCAAGGUGGGCGGCCUCGGCUUUCUGGUGAAGGAGCGCGUCAGCAAGCCGCCCGUCAUCAUCUCAGACCUGAUCCGGGGAGGGGCUGCAGAGCAGAGUGGCCUCAUCCAGGCUGGGGACAUCAUUUUAGCCGUCAAUGGCAAGCCCCUGGUGGACAUGAGCUAUGAGACCGCGCUGGAGAUACUAAGAAGCAUCGCCUCCGAGACCUACGUGGUCCUCAUCCUGCGGGGCCCCGAGGGCUUCACCACUCACCUGGAGACCACUUUUGCAGGUGACGGGACGCCAAAAACCAUCCGUGUCACCAGACCCCUCUGCCCGGCUCCGAAGGCGGUUGACUUGUCCAACCCAAGCCCGCACGGCAAAGAGCAGCCGCUGCCAGCAGCCGACCGCACCAUGGGCUCCCUGUGGACAAGAGAGAUCGGGCGAGAGGUGGAGCCGAUGGUCCACGUUAACGGCGUCGUUACCGGCAGCAAAGGGCAGGACGCUGGGAAGGGGAAGGAGGGUGCUUGUGGUCACUCUUGCAUCAACGGUGGCGUGGAAGACAACGAACUGCUCAAAGAAAUCGAGCCCGUCCUGGAUCUCCUGAAGAGCAGCAGUAAGGGCAGCGACGGAGAUGCACCCUCCAAGGUAGAGACAAGAGAUAUAGAAGUCCAGGUGGACUGUUUCAGGGAAGGGGAAAACAAGCCGCAGAAAGCCUUACCGGCUCGGAUGGAGAACGACCGUGUCUUCGGUGAUCUGUGGGGGAAGAGCAACGUGCCCGUGGUCCUGAACAACCCCUACUCCGAAGCGGAGCAGCCACCGCCAUCUGGGCGGCAGUCCCCAACUAAGAACACAGUGAAUGGAAGUCCUUCCAAAUGCCCGCGGUUUGUCAAAAUCAAGAACUGGGAGACAGGCUCCGUGCUACACGACACUCUGCACCUCAAGACGGCGAUGGCCACCGCGUGCACCGAGCAGAUCUGCAUGGGCUCAGUCAUGACCCCUAGCCAGCACGUCCGCAAGUCAGAAGAUACCAGGACAAAAGAGGAGGUGCUCCUGUUGGCUAAGGACUUCAUUGACCAGUACUACUCCUCCAUAAAGAGAUCUGGCUCCAAGGCCCACAUGGAAAGGCUGGAGGAAGUGACCAAGGAGAUUGAAGCCACUGACACCUACCAGCUGCGGGACACAGAGCUGAUCUACGGAGCCAAGCAUGCCUGGAGAAACGCAGCCCGCUGCGUGGGCAGGAUUCAGUGGUCCAAGCUGCAGGUGUUUGACGCCCGUGACUGCACCACAGCCCAUGGGAUGUUCAAUUACAUUUGCAACCACAUUAAAUACGCCACCAACAAAGGGAACCUCAGAUCUGCUAUUACCAUCUUCCCGCAGCGGACGGACAGCAAGCACGACUUCCGCAUCUGGAACGCCCAGCUCAUCCGCUACGCUGGCUACAAGCAGCCCGACGGCACUGUCCUGGGAGACCCCGCAAACGUGGAGCUGACAGAGAUCUGCAUUCAGCAAGGGUGGAAGGCACCGCACGGGCGCUUCGAUAUCCUGCCUCUGCUCCUCCAGGCCAACGGCAACGAUCCAGAGCUAUUUGAAAUCCCCCCAGAGCUUGUGCUGGAAGUGCCCAUCCGUCAUCCCAAGUUUGAAUGGUUUAAGGACCUGGGCUUGAAGUGGUAUGGUUUGCCAGCAGUUUCCAACAUGCUCCUCGAGAUUGGUGGCUUGGAGUUUUCCGCCUGCCCCUUCAGUGGCUGGUACAUGGGCACAGAGAUUGGGGUCCGGGACUACUGUGACAACUCUCGCUACAACAUACUGGAGCAAGUGGCCAAGAAAAUGAAUCUGGAUAUGAGGAAAACCUCCUCGCUGUGGAAGGACCAGGCCCUGGUGGAGAUCAACAUUGCUGUGCUGUACAGCUUCCAGAGCGACAAGGUGACCAUUGUGGAUCACCACUCAGCCACUGAGUCCUUCAUCAAGCACAUGGAGAAUGAGUACCGAUGCCGUGGAGGCUGUCCUGCUGACUGGGUGUGGAUUGUCCCACCAAUGUCCGGCAGCAUCACCCCAGUUUUCCAUCAGGAAAUGCUCAACUACCGUCUCACACCCUCCUUUGAGUACCAGCCGGACCCCUGGAACACCCACGUCUGGAAAGGGGUCAACGGGACGCCUACCAAGAAGAGGGCCAUUGGCUUUAAGAAGUUAGCAAAGGCUGUGAAGUUCUCAGCCAAGCUGAUGGGACAGGCCAUGGCCAAGAGGGUCAAAGCGACCAUCCUGUACGCCACCGAAACGGGGAAGUCACAGGUCUAUGCAAAAACUCUGUGUGAAAUCUUCAAGCACGCUUUCGAUGCCAAGGUGAUGUCCAUGGAUGAGUACGACAUCGUGCACCUAGAGCAUGAAACCAUGGUCCUGGUGGUCACAAGUACAUUUGGCAAUGGAGACCCACCGGAGAACGGAGAGAAAUUUGGCUGCGCGUUAAUGGAGAUGAAGAAUCCCAACUCCAACCUGGAGGAGAGGAAGAGCUACAAGGUCCGUUUCAACAGCGUCUCCUCUUACUCGGAUGCACGGAAGUCCUCAAGCGAUGGCCCCGACUCCAGGGACAACUUUGAAAGCACGGGGCCCUUGGCCAACGUCAGGUUCUCCGUGUUUGGGCUGGGAUCGCGUGCUUACCCCCAUUUCUGCGCCUUUGCCCGGGCAGUGGACACCCUCCUGGAGGAGCUGGGUGGAGAGAGGAUCCUCCGCAUGGGAGAAGGGGAUGAGCUCUGUGGCCAGGAGGAGUCCUUCAGGACCUGGGCCAAGAAGGUCUUCAAGGCAGCGUGCGACGUGUUCUGCGUGGGGGACGACGUCAACAUCGAGAAAGCAAACAACUCCCUUAUCAGCAACGACCGGAGCUGGAAGAGGAGCAAGUUUCGCCUGACCUACGUGGCUGAAGCCCCGGAACUCACACAAGGACUCUACAGCAUCCACAAAAAACGCGUCUAUGCAGCCCGGCUUAUCACACGCCAGAACCUGCAGAGCCCAAAGUCCAGUCGCUUGACAAUUUUCCUGCGCCUCCACACCAACGGACACCAGGAGCUGCAGUACCUGCCCGGGGACCACUUGGGCGUGUUUCCAGGGAACCAUGAAGACUUGGUCAAUGCCCUGAUCGACAGGCUUGAGGAUGCUCCUCCGGCCAACCAGCUGGUGAAGGUGGAGCUCCUGGAGGAGAGGAACACGGCUCUAGGUGUCAUCAGUAACUGGACAGACGAGAACCGUGUCCCACCAUGCACCAUCUUCCAGGCUUUUAAAUACUAUUUGGACAUCACCACCCCUCCCACACCCUUGCUGCUGCAGCAGUUCGCUUUGUUGGCCACCAGUGACAAAGAGAAGAAACGCCUGCAGGUUCUUAGCAAGGGUUUGCAGGAGUACGAGGAAUGGAAGUGGUCCAAGAACCCCACCAUCGUGGAGGUGCUGGAGGAGUUCCCCUCAGUGCAGAUGCCCUCCACGCUGCUGCUCACACAGCUCCCCCUCCUCCAACCACGCUACUACUCCAUCAGUUCCUCCCCAGAGAUGUACCCAGGCGAGGUCCACCUCACCGUGGCAGUGGUCUCCUACCGCACGAGAGACGGAGAAGGACCAAUCCACCACGGAGUCUGCUCCUCUUGGCUCAAUCGGAUACAGACCGAUGAAGUAGUGCCCUGUUUUGUAAGAGGUGCGCCCGGGUUCCACCUGCCGCAGGAUCCCCAGGUGCCCUGCAUCCUCAUCGGUCCCGGCACCGGCAUCGCCCCUUUCCGGAGUUUCUGGCAGCAGCGGCUUUUUGAAAUCCAGCACAAAGGUCUGAAGCCUUGUCCUAUGGUCCUGGUAUUUGGCUGCCGGCAGUCCAGGAUCGACCACAUUUACAAAGAGGAGACGCUCUUUGCCAAAACCCAAGGUGUCUUCAGAGAGCUGUACACAGCCUACUCCCGGGAACCGGACAAACCAAAGAAAUACGUGCAGGACGUGUUACAGGAGCAGCUGGCCCACACGGUGUUCAAAGCGCUGAAGGAGCAGGGAGGCCACAUCUACGUCUGCGGGGAUGUCACCAUGGCCGGGGACGUCCUCAAGACCGUUCAGCGCAUCGUGAGGCAGCAGGGCCAGCUGUCGGUGGAGGAGGCAGGCGCUUUCAUCAGCAAGCUGCGGGAUGACAGCCGGUACCACGAGGAUAUUUUUGGAGUCACCCUGCGUACGUACGAAGUGACUAACCGCCUUAGAUCCGAGUCCAUUGCAUUCAUUGAGGAGAGCAAAAAAGAUACGGAUGAGGUUUUCUGCUCCUAACCGGACCCUUCGCCCCAAGGGGAUGCCAAACCAGUCCCAGCACCUGCUGCCCCCUCCAGCCGGAGGGCACUGGGUUUUGUAUUUCAUGGACACGGUGGCUCCUUUUCCGCGGGGAACUGCCCAUGGAAAGCGCUCUGUCUCUCGUCCUGUUGUUGUGUCCUGAUGAUGAUGAUGAUGAUGAUGAUUUUCAUUUCCUUUUCUUCCUCUUUCUCUUGCGCUCUCUCUUGUCCUGUGGAGGUUUCUUUUCACCCCCUUUCCCUCCCCUGGGUUUCCCCACUGAAGUACGAUGGCUUUAUAACCCGCAGUGGCUCUUAACAGAACUUCACGUUUCUCCUUCUUCUCAUGAGGGCAUUCUGCAGCUGCAUGAAACCACCACCUUUGUGAUCAUCCGCGGUUUUGGUGUUUCGGGGGAGAGCAGAGGUGGCAGGGGCUGGGCGAUAGCUAGGUGUUGCCGCUUGACCAGGCCUGAGGGUUGUUCCCCCCAGGCUCCCCCUUUCUCCAGCUCGGGGCUUGGCUGAAUCCUUGCGUUUUCGUGGCUUUCCUUUGGACUUGUACAGACCUGGGCACAUGCCCGAGGCUGGGGGCAGAUGAUGUGCGAUGCCCUCGUGCCUGUGAACUUUGUUCAUCCCCCGCCCCGCCCCAAGCAGCGUGGGUCCAAAUGUGUCUGUUUUGAUCCAAAGGGUGGGAUGUCUCUGAUUCGUGUGUCAUGAUUUCUCCUAAACGGACGCUGUGCUAUGUUUGCCUCCUUCUCUGCUCCCUGUUCCCCGUGACCCUCUCCUUUUGCUCAAUCCCCACUUUGCCGGCAUGAAAGUCCUCCCACGGGGGAGCCGAGCACUGAACGCACAGGCUGAUGUGUAUUCUAGGGAAAAACUCCUGGCAAUGACUGCUGCUUGGCCAGGCUGUCCUCCUGAAGGCUUUACAGGAGGUAUGUGAUCUGCAGCCACCAUGCUGGUGGGAGACAUUCCGGGCCCGGCUGCAUCCCAGCGCUUUGCAUGCUGUGAACGCGUGAACCCUCUGCCGGGUGAGGCUGGAAAGCCACGAGGAUGGGAGAGAAGCAGCUCCAACCCCGGCUGCAAGAGGCACCUCCUGGUAAAAAAGCCCAUUUGGAAGGCAUCGCUUGGAGGGUUACAGUGUCCUUGGUGAGGAUCUGCUGACCGAGGACUCUUGAAAGCCCAGGAAGCGUCAGCUCCACCUCAGCGCGGUCCUAUGAGCCGUUCUGGGACAGCAGACCCCAGCCACUUCCACACCUUCUGGAGCAGAAAGGGCCAGCACGGAGCGACCUGCCUGCCAAAAGGAAUACAUGUGGCAUCUCGGUGGCAAGCCAGUCCCCUCCGUAGGCUCUGCGCCACCUGCCAGCGGCACGAGCUGUCUCUGCCGGGACAUCUCAUGUGAGAAGGGAGGUGAGAUCGGCUGCAAAGAUGCGGCGUGAUGCUGGGCUCUGACAGGCUCGCACCUCAGCCCUGCUGCAAAAAUCCGGCCCCAAAAGCAAUCUGUUGACAGGAUCACAGAAAGGUGGCAGUCCCUUUAACAGAGAAAAGCUGUCCGCAAGGUAAAGCGUGCGUCACCUUGUGUGUCCUUCCUCCCUCUCCUCCCUUCCUCACCCCGAAGAAGGUUUGUCCUCCCUCACUGCCAGGAGGAGGACAGCAGGGCAUGGCUGCAGCUCUUGCUGGAAGCAGGGAUAGGGGGUUGAUGUUUUGAGCUGGGGGAUGCUGACCCUUCCCUCCCACCCCGCUCUGCCGCGCUGUGCACCGACGCUCGUGUGGAGCGAAGCACCUGCGCCGGCGACGGCAGAGGGUUUGUCCAGCAGCUGCAAUGGUGAGCUUCGCUUUCAGAGGGCUAAGAUUGUCUGCCCUAAGCUAAAGUUGGAACAAAAAAAGAGCUGCAGGAGGUUUGCUGCUCUCCCAGUCCGUGGUACAAGCCGUGCUGGCUCCCCUGCCCCCAGGCUGUGCCGUUAUCCCCACCCUCAGCCAGGACCUCCUGCCCUUUCCUGCUGCUUGGCUGGCCACGUCUCCGUGUGCUGUGACCGUCUUCCGCAACUUCGACUCCUUGAAUUCUUGAAGCAGCCCCAGCCCAAAAUCCAGGAGCACGAGGCCUCCCAGGCGGUGGGAGAAUUUGAGAUCCAGUUUUGCUGGUCCCAGCAGAGCAUCCAGCGUGGCGUACAAUGCGAAUGAAUGCUGCCACGGUGUGGCCAGAGCCGAGCUCGCUGGGCUGGCGGGGCGGCCGCAGCAGGGUUUGGAGCCAGGUGGAAGGCCAGGUUUGCGUCACCGCCUGGGGACUUUUGUGACCUGGUGGCGAAAGAGGACGGGACAGGGAAAAGGGCAGCCCCUGGUCCACCUCUGCGGGUUGUGCCCUAGUCCCUGGGGCAGGCAGUGGGAUGGGGGAGCUGAGUCCCUUUGCUGCUGGGAUGUGUGAAUUUGGGCAGAGGUCCUGUCCUUGGAGCCAGCUCCCUGGCCCUAGAGCCGGCAACAUCCAGCAAGCCUGGUCCUACCCACCCCCCAGUGCUGUGGCUGCAGAAACAGAGCUGAAAAACGAAUUCAAACUCAUCCCUCCUUUUGGGGAAAUUUUAUUCUGUCUCUAGACUCAGUGCUCUGGCCCUCCUUUAAGUAGAAGGGGCGAUACAACCUGAAGAGGAGGUAGUGCCCAAAGAAAUGCCCUUGUCUUCGUCCUCUUUCCAGCUCAUCCUGCGUUGCUGGCAAUUAGUUUUCUCCUGUCCUGCCUUCUGCCUGUAUCGCUGUAACAUCUCCCAUCUGGAAAUCAUGUUGCUGCUGCAGCCUGUGUCUGAGAUGGAUUGCCUUUGCUUCUCCCGCACCCCAAAGCUUCCCACCUCUGUCUCCCCGUUCCACCUGAGCCACCAGUGAAAGCAGUGGAGAAAGGAACAAGGUGUGUGCCUUGCCUUUGGUGGGAUCUCCAGGGGGUGUCUGUGCAGGGCAGGCAGCCAAAGCUGCCUCAAGUUCAACAGGCAUGAGGGUAGGUGAGUCCUUCAGAGCCCUUUGGAAGGGAAAUGCUGGUCUAAGGCCAGCCUGUCUGGCCCUGGAGAAGAAAAACCCUCCCUGCCGUGAAGGUCCAUGAAGUGAAUAUGUCCCCAGAGCUCCGGCUGCCUCUCUGCUCCCUCUGCCUGGACCGUUCGCUCCUCGCAAGCCGCACCACUGGGAAUUCUGAUUCAUUGGUUUUUUGUUGAGUCAGCCUCAGACGUCUUAACUUCUCCUUCAUCCCCCUUACCUGCAGGGGCUUCGCACUCCCCUCGAGCUUAAUUUUCUUCCACAGCUAAGGGGGAAAUAAACUUGCGGAUCUGCUUUAUCAUUCCACAAAUGCGGCUCUUCCACCAGUUGUCUAGACUCUGCUCAUCUCGGUGUGACAUUUCUGACGCGUGGGUGUAGCUACAAUAUCUCCAGCAUGCAUAAACAGCAGAGAGCGAGGUGGGGUCUGCCGCAGACCAGUGCCAUCAGCUGCUCGGGGGUGUCAUGCAUGGAGGGGAUUGUGCCUCUCGGGCACUUGGGUCACGAAUCUGUCACCUCCGGGUCCCCACUGCCCGUCCAGGCUCCUGCCCAGCCCCAUGCAGCUCCUGCCUCCUGGACCUGAUGGACACCCAGCCUGAUCCAAUGUCCCAGUCCCUCUCCUGGAGGAUGUCCACCACUGCCUGCUUUGCAGCAGCUCAGCUCCUUUUCGCUCCCCAGGAGGUUUGAUUUUUCAAGACACCGUGAAGUGAGGUGUUUUUUUCUCAAAGAUUUUAAUUCGUAGGUUUUUCAAAUGUCCACAGGAAGUUAUAUAUGAACUUGAAAACUCAUGGGAAAACGGUUCUCUGUUUUCCCAACCUGCUGUGUCCACUAGCAGGGAAAAAUAAUUUGUUCAUUCAGUGCAAGGGUAUCUACUGCCUGUGUUGUUGAUGACUUCAAAGGUUUCAUCUCCCCAGAAGGACUGCCUGGGAGUUUGUUGUUCUUCAAUUUAUGAGAGACAGCGGGAAAAUAAUGAGACUUCUGCCAUCAGGAGUAGACUCGCAAAGACAACACCUCCACGAUCGUUGCUGGGUAGGCCUGAGCUCGUCGCACGAGAGGAACCGAGCCGGUCGCAUUCAUACUGGCCAGAGAAAUGGGGUUUGAGUUUGGGCUGUCCACGGUGCCCGUCCCCUAUCCUGUGCCUCCACGUCCCCAGGGGCGAGCAGGGGACUGUGCCCACACCCAGAGCAGUGCGAGCCAACGCGGCCGUGCACGCCCAGCAAACUUGUGUCCUGAGCCAAUGUGCAGAAGAGGAGAUGGCAAGAGACGGGAGCUGCAUGAACCUGUGUCCAGUCUAACUGUCAUCGCUCCGAUAGUUCCUUUACUGUUAGUACGCGACACCUCUCGCCCCAUCCCAGUCUCCCUCCACCGCUUCCCUCUGGAGAGCCCUCCUUUCUCCUUCCCGGCCCCGUCUGCCCGGCCAAAAGGUGCAGCUCAGCCAGGGUGGGCCCGGGGGGUGGCAAUGGACUUACAGUGCCUUGUGCCGGGAAGAGACUAUUGCAGCGGGGUUGCCCUCCCCGCUCCUGCUCUCUCCAGAGAUGCUCCUGGCACACAGACUUGGGGGGGAGGGGAGCCGACGGCUUCGUUUGACAAGUGAAAUUCUCGGUGGGCAAAUUCCCCCUGGGAUAGGUGAGGGCGAACUUACAGCCCUGCUCCGCCGUGCUCUGCCGUUAAUCUCCCGGCGACGGGGUUUUAUAGGGGUAUGGAGCCCGUGCAGGGUUAGAGCGCGGGUGCAAACUGGACACCACCUUCUGCGAGCGCCACGGGUCUGCGAACACCUACCACCGACUGGAGCCCACGUUUUUAUUACGCUGUUUUGGGGGAGAGGGCGUGUUUGUGCUGAAGCCUCAUGGACUUGCACCAGGCCCAAGCUGCUGCCUCCCGACUUAACGACCACUGAAGCCAUUACAGUCCUCUGACUGGUACCCCUGGGGAAGCUGCAGAGAGUUCCCAGCGUUUUGUGGGAGGCGAAUUUUAUGCUCAAAACUAAAUUUCGUUCCUGCCUUCACUGGGGACCAGUUCUCAGCUUCAGAAUUGCUCUGGUAACUUUGCAAUUGCUUUGAUAGUUCCAGAGGGGAGCACAGUCCCUUUGCAGAACAGAUGGAGACGCGUUUUCAGGACCAUUCAACUUCGCUGUAACUCUGGCUUGGUUAUAAUAAUUUCUUCUGCUCUAACAGGGGGAGCAAAAUUUGGCCAGUGCUGAAGGCUCGUGAAAACUGCGUUCCCGAACUUGGACAAAAUUAGUCUUAGGAUCCGAGUCCUCUCAGAUACAAAAUGCCUUCCGCACCCGCUGGCUUCGGUGGCGUCGGGGAUUUCAGCAGCUUGCAGGAUCAGGCUUUCACGGCAGCAGCGGCAGUUUCGCGAUGGCAGUAUUUUUGCGUGUGUCGAUCUGCACUUGCACUUGCCUGCAACGCAUGACUCCAGUAAUCCAUUCGCAAUCUACCCUCCACGGGGAGAUCUGAGCUCUAGCUUCUUCCAUAUGGCCGUGUGUAUUUAACGGGAAAUCAGGGGAGCCGGAGAAAGCUAAUGGGAUUGCUGCUUUAAAGCACUUGGUUCCCCAAGUACCAGAGUUCGAAAUUGGCUUGAUUUUAGCAUGGGUACAAGGGCAAGUCAUGAAAUGUUUAACCAUUGUAAUGCAGAUAUACCUUUUUCCUGCCGCGCCGGGAACGAAGUAGACUAGAAACUCUUGGCCUCCACCCCUACGGAUGUUUGGCUGCGAUGGAAGUUUGGGCCACCGAAAUCACAGGGAAAAAAAAAAAAAAAACCAAAACAUAAAAAAACCCACAGAUUGUGAGUUCGUAGCUGAGCAGCCGCAGCUUGUUUAGCAGCGAGAGAGCUGCUGCUUUCCUGCCUUACUCAUUCAUGGCCGGAUUUCGGGGAGGGAGGAGGGAGGAAACACUUCAAAAGCAAGAAAAUUGAACCUGCGAGCCUUGCCCUGAGAAUCCCUCCUUCGACGGGAGCCUACAGGCCAAGGCUUUGAUGCUACCCCUCAUUACCACGGCGGGGAAGUGGGCAGGACACCGGGGAGCUUCUCUCGUGUCCGCGGGGCCAAAGCUUGAGGAGCUGUUGUGGGGCGGUGGAAGAGCAGGAGCGCGGGGCCGGGCUGCGGGUAGACUCCUGCCUGCAGGAAUUACACACGGCUCCGUAGGGCUGGCUCAGCAACCUGCUGGUGAAUAACACCGGGCAAAGUGUAUUUCUUCUGGGGGCAUUCUCAAUACUUUAAAAAUGUCAAGGCUAAAUGCUGAAAGAGUUGAUCUGGAAGAGCAACGGAUUCGGGGCUCCGUUUUUGUUGCCUUGUUUUCAUGCGGCGGCUUUGGGUGGGGAAAAGCAAAAAAAAAAAAAAAAAAAAAAGACAGGUGUAUCAAAACGUUUUGGAUGAAAACGAAUAUUUUGUCCCCCACAAUAAUUGCUAUUGGAGAUUUUAAAAUUUUCCAAGGGCAACAAAACUGCCUUAAUAUGUAUUCGACGCCAACAAGAGGCAUCAGCGCUACUCGCUUCUGAACCUGCUUUUUUAUUUGUGUCUCUGUGUGAUCGUGGCAUGGAAUCACGUCUUAAUAAAACACACUUUACAGUACUCAACAGGAUUUCCAGAAACAGAAGACAGUGUUUCAGAAUCUCCCCGUGCCCGGCAUUGAAGUGAUGGCUUUGAAGCCAAUGAAAUUCGAUGCAAAAUUUCUGCUUUGCUAGAAUUCUACAAAAUAGGCGAACGCCCGCAAUUCCCGAGGUUAAACGUGCUCCGCUGCCUUGAGAUGCCUUCAAAAAAAAAAAACCCUGGGAUCUGUGUGCUGAAAAGAGCUUGAGAAUAGGUUCCCUGGUCCGCAGCAACAUCCCCGGCUCUUGUGGAGUGUACGCAAUUCCCCAGGCAGUAGAUGAACGGAGUCAGAUGACUUUCAGCCAGGACUCAUUGCUUUUUAGAUUGCAUGUAGUUAGAAACAUGAGUUCUGCCAGCCGCCCAGGGAAUUUGAUAUUCAGUGCCAAUUAAUUUUUGUAAUAGGAACAGGGAUUUAUCCCCUCGAUUCCCUUAGGCACCUUUGAAAAGCAUAAGCCUCAAAGGUUGGCUUGGAUUUAUUAUUUUUUUUUCUGGUGGCCUUUUUCCUGAAGAGCAGCGGUGCCGAGACGAGAAAGGGGACCGGUCCGUGAAGGAUAGCAGCUUUGGGGCAGGCAUCUUCCAAACUUUCCGUUGCAGAGGUUUUUCUAAACUCUUCGGACGCGGGUAAGUUCUGCUCUGCUUGAUGGGACUCCAACCUCUCGCUGCUCUCCGGUCCUCCCACUCCUUCCUCCCUCCCCUCCGCACCUCCUCAUGUCACUGUGCCUUCAUUUGGUUUAGGAAAUGAUGCCGUGAUUUAAGACUGGCACGUUGUCUUUACUCUCACUUUGCAUCCCAUAAAACAGGUAUGUGUGGAGGGGGAAGUGGGGGGGGGGAUUAGCUUAUUUUGUAGCUUUUCGUGUGAUCCUACGGUAGGUUUCUUCUGAGGAGUAAAGGGGUGGGGACGGUGGGAGCAGGGAUGAGCCGGUGUUGUAUUUGAUCAUACCAGUGCUUUAAGCGGUCAGAAACAUGGUUUUCCCCUACCUCUGAGCUCUCAAUGCUGCUAAAAAUCUCUGCCAUUCGUCCAAUGUACUCCAGCCCCCUCUCUCGGACUGACUCUGGCUCUGUUUGCAAGAUAUCCACAUUGUUCUAAAGCAUGCACCUCUCUCUGUAUAGUUCCGAUCUUCUGAUUUUAUGGAAUACUUAUGCCUGUUUGCAUUACAGUCAAAAUAAAAAAAAA